AUGAGGGCAGUCAUUUUACUGCCAUUUUUAAUAAUUUUUUGUGGAGGUAAUGUAUUUAAACAAAACGAAGAAAGGGAUCUAGAAUGGUGGGAGACAGAAAUCUUCUAUCAAAUAUACCCACGUUCUUUUUUUGACAGUGAUGGGGAUGGUAUUGGUGAUCUAAACGGUAUAACCUCAAAAUUAGAAUAUGUAAAAGAGAUUGGUGCUGGGGCAAUAUGGCUCUCACCAAUGUUUCAAUCACCGAUGUACGAUUUCGGAUACGAUAUUUCUGAUUUUUACUCAGUUCAUGAUGAAUACGGUACAAUGGAAGAUUUCGAUGCCUUACUUGAAAAAGCGAAAGAAUUAGAUAUUAAGAUAGUAUUAGACUUGGUACCAAAUCAUACCUCCAAUGAAAGUAUGUGGUUUCAAGAAGCUCUCAAGGGAAAUGAAAAAUAUUACAACUAUUUCAUUUGGGAAGAUGGAGUGAUUGACGAGAAUGGAAACUCGAAGCCUCCGAAUAACUGGAUAAGCCAUUUCAGAGGAAGUGCUUGGGAAUAUAGAGAAGAAGUUGGUAAAUAUUAUCUACAUCAAUUCGUUAUUGGACAGCCUGAUUUAAAUUACCGCAAUCCGGACGUUGUUGAAGAAAUGAAGAAUAUUAUACGAUUUUGGUUGGAUAAAGGUGUAGCAGGUUUCAGAGUUGAUGCAGUAAACUGUUUGUUUGAAGUCAAUAAAGAACUUUUCGGUGGAGUGUAUCCCGAUGAGCCGUUUUCAGGCAGGGUUGAUGUCGACCCUGAGUCACAUGACUAUCUCUCGCAUAUUUACACGAAAGAUCAAAAUGAAACUUAUUACAUGGUUUAUGAGUGGCGUGACGUAUUUGAUGAAUUCUCAGCACAAGAUGGACUUGUUAGGGUAAUGAUGACUGAAGUGUACGCUACUGUUCAAAACGUUGUGAAAUACUUUGGUGAAGGCGAGAGAAAGGGGGCUCAAAUGCCAUUCAAUUUUGAUUUAAUAACCGACGUAGAUAGAUCUUCAUCAGCCGCUGAUAUUAAGCGAGCUGUAGACAAAUUUUUGACUUAUAAGCCAGUAGAUAAAGUAGCUAACUGGGUGGUUGGCAAUCACGAUAACAGUCGCAUGGCAACCCGAUACGGUUCAUCAUUGGUUGACGGAAUCAACAUGAUAAUUUUAUUACUUCCUGGAGUUGGUGUAACUUACAUGGGAGAAGAAAUUGGCAUGUUAGAUGGCUACGUAAGUUGGGAAGAUACCGUAGAUCCCUCUGGAUGUAAUACAAACGACCCUAUCAAUUACAUCAAAAGCUCGAGAGACCCGGAACGUACGCCAUUCCACUGGAAUGCAGAGAAAAAUGCUGGAUUUUCAACUGCCGAUAAGACGUGGCUACCAGUAGCAGAAGGUUACGAGACUUUGAAUGUAGAAGUUCAAAAAGCCGCUACAAGAUCUCAUUUGAAAGUUUAUCAAGCUUUAGCGGAUCUUCGUCAAGAAAAAGUAUUUAGAUAUGGGCGUUAUGACUCUUUGGCCUUAAACAACGACGUUUUUGUUUUUAGGAGGUGGUAUAACGGGGAGACUUACCUGGUAGUUGUGAAUAUGAGGGACACUGAAUACGUCGUUGACUUGACUUACUUUGAAAACGUUUCUGGCUACGUUUCAGUUGUUAUCAGGAGCAUUCAGUCACCGAAAAAUGAGGGUGAUAUGUUCGACGCGUCUGCUCUACCUGUUGCUGGAUACGAAGGCAUCGUUCUGAAUGAUGGGGAUGGUAUUGGUGAUCUAAAAGGCAUAACCUCAAAAUUAGAAUAUGUGAAAGAGAUUGGUGCUGGGGCAAUAUGGCUCUCUCCAAUUUUUCAGUCACCUAUGUACGAUUUUGGAUACGAUAUUUCUGAUUUUUACUCAAUUCAUGAUGAAUACGGUACAAUGGAAGAUUUCGAUGCCUUACUUGAAAAAGCAAAAGAAUUAGAUAUUAAGAUAGUAUUAGAUUUGGUACCAAAUCAUACCUCCAACGAAAGUGUGUGGUUUCAAGAAGCUCUAAAGGGAAAUGAAAAAUAUUACAACUAUUUCAUUUGGGAAGAUGGAGUAAUUGAUGAAAAUGGAAAUUCAAAGCCUCCGAACAACUGGAUAAGCCAUUUUAGAGGAAGUGCUUGGGAAUAUAGAGAAGAAGUUGGUAAAUAUUAUCUACAUCAAUUCGUUAUUGGACAACCUGAUUUAAACUACCGUAAUCCGGAUGUUGUUGAAGAAAUGAAGAAUAUUAUACGAUUUUGGUUGGAUAAAGGUGUAGCAGGUUUCAGAGUUGACGCAGUAUACUGUUUGUUUGAAGUCAAUAAAGAACUUUUCGGUGGAGUGUAUCCCGAUGAGCCGUUGUCAGGCAUAGUUGAUGUUGAUCCUGAGUCACAUAACUAUCUCUCGCAUAUUUACACGAUGAAUCAAAAUGAAACUUAUUACAUGGUUUAUGAGUGGCGUGACGUAUUUGAUGAAUUCUCAGCACAGGACGGACUUGUUAGGGUAAUGAUGACUGAAGUGUACGCCACUGUUCAAAACGUUGUGAGAUACUUUGGUGAAGGUGAGAGAAAGGGAGCUCAAAUACCAUUCAAUUUUGAUUUAAUAACCGACGUAGAUGGAUCUUCAUCGGCCGCUGAUAUUAAGCGAGCUGUAGACAAAUUUUUGACUUAUAAGCCAGUAGAUAAAGUAGCUAACUGGGUGGUUGGUAAUCAUGAUAACAGUCGCAUGGCGACCCGAUACGGUUCAUCAUUGGUUGACGGAAUUAACAUGAUAGUUUUAUUACUUCCUGGAGUUGGUGUAACUUAUAUGGGAGAAGAAAUUGGCAUGUUAGAUGGAUACGUUAGCUGGGAAGAUAGCGUAGAUCCCUCUGGAUGUAAUACAAAUGACCCUCUCAAUUUCAUCAAAAGCUCGAGAGACCCGGAACGUACGCCAUUCCAAUGGAAUGCAGAAAAAAAUGCUGGAUUCUCAACUGCUGACAAGACAUGGCUACCAGUAGCAGAAGGUUAUGAAACUUUGAAUGUGGAAGUUCAAAAAGCCGCUACGAGAUCUCAUUUGAAAGUUUAUCAAGCUUUAGCCGAUCUUCGUCAAGAAAAAGUAUUUCGAUACGGGCGUUACGACUCUUUGGCUUUAAACAACGACGUUUAUGUUUUUAGAAGGUGGUAUAACGGGGAGACUUACCUGGUAGUUGUGAAUAUGAGGGACACUGAAUACGUCGUUGACUUGACUUACUUUGAAAACGUUUCUGGCAACGUUUCAGUUGUUAUCAGGAGUAUUCAGUCACCGAAAAAUGAGGGUGAUAUGUUCGACGCGUCUGCUCUACCUGUUGCUGGAUACGAGGCCAUCGUUCUGAAGUUGCAAUAA